GUGUGUCCCGGAUGCUGCGGCCUCCCCCGGCGCCUGUCCACAAUGUCUAGCAAUCGUCUCCCGAGAGUCUUGCUGAAGCCCGCGGAGGACGGAGCCGGCCGCGCCGCCCAAUGAUCCAGAAUGAAAUGGCAUCAACAUUAGAAAAAGUUACUCCAGAAAGAAAUGACAAGGAAAAUUCUGGAGGGAGAAUCAAUAAGGCAUCAUGUCUGAAGAGUGAUGCUGAGUUUAAAAAGCUAUUUGGUCUUACUAGAGAUGUGAGAGUAUGCCUUACACGGAUUCCUGACCUUUUGGGUUCUGGAGAAGGUUUUGAUUCCUUUAGCAAUUUGAUGAAGAGUGAUACUAACAAAGACAAAGAGUUUGCAAAAAUGAAGGAAGAAAAAAAGCAGCAGGGUUUUAAUAAGAAAAGAAAAGUGAAAACCUUUAAGAAGACAAUGGGUUACACCAAGAAGAGAAAAAUUGAGAGCACUCUUAACACACCUGUAAAUGGAGGAACUAAAGUCUCUAAUUCCCAAAGUAUCAGCAGUGUUCUACCAGCUUCAAGUGUAUCACACCAUAACCUCACAACCUGCAACAAAACUACCAGGGAAGAGACGAGAACUGAAACAGAACACUGUAUUCGUGAGAACCAAGAGAAAGUCUCACCGAGUACAAAUGCAGCUUUUGAAGAAAGCCAUUCCUUUAAUGUGAAUUAUACUGAAGAUGUUUUCCCCAUGAUACCUCCACAGUUAGAAGAAACUGUUAGGGAUGAGAAAAUAAGAAGACUUAAGCAGGCACUGAAGGAGAAAGAAGCAGCUCUUGAAGAAAUGCGGAAGAAGAUGCACCAAAAAUAAUAAAAGUUAACU